GAAGAGAUAAUCCCACUAGAGAGAGAGUGUGUGUGUGUGUGUGAGAGAGAGAGAGAGAGAGAGAGAGAGAGAGAGAUGAGAAGGGGCAAUAAUAAUGGAGGAGGAGGAGGAGGGGCUUGUGGAGCUUGCAAGUUUAUGAGGAGAAAGUGUGAAAAGGGAUGCAUAUUUGAACCCUACUUUGAGUCAGACCAAGCUGGCACAGCUCACUUUGCGGCGGUACACAAGGUGUUCGGAGCUAGCAAUGCUUCCAAGUUGCUCCUCAAAACGCCGUCCCACAAGCGUCCAGAAGCCGUCGUUUCACUCUGUUAUGAGGCCCUUGCUAGGGUUCGAGACCCUGUCUAUGGCUGUGUUUCUCAACUCUUCUCUCUCCAACAACAGGUAAUUAAUUUGCAAGCGGAGUUAGCAUUAGUUCAAGCUCAACGGUCUACAUUGCAGUUUCUCUCCCUACCACCCCCUCAACCUCAAAGUCCUUCAACAACAAAUGCUCAAUCCUCCUCAGAUUUGGCAUCUACUUCCAAUGCAUCAACAACACAUUUUGAUCCUUCAACAUCAAUGGAAUUGGUAAGUUUUUGCAAUCCUAUGGAUCAAGAAAUCGACAAUGGUGAUGAUGAUGAUGAUCUUCAAGCAUUAGCUCAAGAAUUUGUGUCUACAUACUUGCCCGGAGUAAAAUCUCGACCUCCGAGUCCGCAUUGAAAAUUUUACUGUCGGCCAAACAGAACUUUUGUAUGUCUUUGGACGUUUUCUAGCACCAUUAGUCCGUCUUGUUGUAGUGAUAUUAAACUUGCAUCAAAUGUACCUCAUCUUACAUUUUGUUUCCUAUAUAACUUACCACUAG